CAAAGUCAUUUGUUUGAUAAGGCCGCCAAUCAUACCAUGAGCUAUGACGUGUAUUACCUCCCUCUCCCCCGCUUUAUGAAUAUCAGCUUCGCCCAUAAUUAUGAUUUUGAAACGCUGCCCGAGCUGAAAGUAUCAAGGUCGAGCGGAUUUGAACUAGAAAUCAAGAAGUUGGACACCUUCGACUUCUCAACCCCUUCACAACUGUCAUAUCAAUUCCAAACAAUUGAUUAGUACCCGCAAUGUCAGCGACGCUUCCACCAGCAGCGUCAACGGCGGCACCAGCCGUCGCCAAAACCAACGCCCGGAAGAGAAAACCCAGAAAGAGACGGAGAAAGAACAACAAGGCUGGGGACUCGUCCAGCUCGAGCAGUGACAGUUCAAGUGACGAUGAGCCUGUCAAGGCUGUUCCGACGCCCGUCAAGCCGGUUCCAGCUAAAAAGGCAGCUUCCUCAUCUUCGGAUAGCGAUUCCUCUUCCUCUUCCUCCUCCUCAUCAUCAUCCUCAUCCGAUUCAGACUCGGACGAUGAUGCUCCCGGACCUUCGAAACCUGUUACUCCUGCCGCUGUAGCAGAGCCGGCUCGACCGAGAAGACGACAACCUUCCCGAUCCCUCUCCCCUACCGUUCGUGAUGUGCCAGCGUUCGCUCCUCCUCCCACCACGACUGCCAAGUCGGCGUCGACAACAUCUCCCAAGGUCAACGGAAAGGGCAAAGAAAAGGCAAUCCCGGCUACGAUGGAGGUGGAUGACGUAGAGCCGGACAAUGACGAGGAUAGACAGGCGAGGUUCAGAAAGCUGUGGAUGGGCAAAGUGGUCACGGCGUUUGGGAAUGACCUGGAACAGCUGCGCAAGGAUGAACCUGGUCUGACGGGGUCCAAGUUGGAACUUCUGAUCGAAUCGCUUGCUGCUGGUACGGAAGUGUUCAGCGACGGUCGCAACAAAAAGGACGACGGGUCCAUGGAGGUCGACGAGAUUGGAGUUGUGCUAGGAGAUUGAGCUGUGGGUCCGGUCCGGGCAAGCAUGACGAGGCUACACACAGCCUGUGUAUACUAGAUAUAACGACAUCCAUUUCGUGCGACUCGCUCUCGGCAACAAAUUCGGUCGCACAUUUUCGGUUCGCUCUCCCCCUUCGACACGACUUUAUG